AUGACGAACGCACCAUGCGAAAGGCUUGAAAACGAAGUUUCCAGAAGUCUAGAUCUCAUCGCCAAGUUUUGGCUCACCAUUAACUUUGACACCUUCCCACUUAGUCAGAUCUAUCCCAAGCCAGUGCAAUUGGCUUGGGAAGAAACGAGAACCCUUCGCCAGGUGAUCGAAAGUUACUUUUCCUGCGCUCUUGCCGACCAACCAAACAAGUUGAGACCAGGUGCUGCAACUAGUAUUCCUUCCACUUUCAACAUUACGGUGCUUUGCGAACGAUACAACUUUUUCAUUCGUUGGACUUCUAACCUAGCUGAACAGUUGCAAGUUGAUGGGGAAUCGGGCCAAAGGAGCGCUACAUGCUGGAACCAUGAGAUUGCUGAAGAGAGAGAAGAAGAACUUUGGAGACUGGGGCGAUGUGGCCGUACAAGGAAGGUCGAGCUUGAUGACUUCUCAUACUGGAAGCUAGGCAUACGAAAGUUACUGGAGGAAUACAGCAAGCCACCUCGAGGCACCCAACAACUUCGUCUGGACAAGGAAGGUCGAAAUUUCCUAGAGUUCUCGACGUUCUGGACGGCACUCAUCGUUGCUAUCCUGACUAUAUUGGGCAUUGCCUUUGGAACCAUCGGAACUGCGUACGCUGUCAAGGCUUAUAAUUUGUCCUACAAACAAUUCGUGCUGUCACAGAAGCAGUAUAACCUUGACUUGGUUCAAGCUUGCGCAGAUCCGGAAGCAUCCCAAAAGUGGACAGAAUUUUGCAGGAGCUAG